UCUUAUAUUUUACAUUUGUAUCAUGUUCAGAUUGCCUAUAUUGCAAGGUGGAACGUUUACGUUCCUUGCUCCCACUUUUGCGAUUCUUUCUCUUCCAAAGUUCCAAUGUCCGGUUUCAGGAAUUACUAACUCCACCAAUAAUGUCAGCUCAACGUCACAUGAUGAUGGYGAGAUCUGGAAAAUAAGAAUGAGAGAGAUUCAAGGUUCUAUUUUAGCAUCUUCUUUUAUCCAAAUGUUCAUCGGUUUUUCUGGUUUGAUUGGAUUCUUGCUUCGUUUCAUUGGACCUAUUACCGUGGCUCCCACAAUUACUCUCAUUGGCUUGACGCUCUUCCAGGUAGCGCCAGACUAUGCAGGAAAACAUUGGGGGAUUUCUUUGUUGACGAUUGCUUUGAUUGCACUGUUUUCMAUGUUCCUUCAAAACAUCAAAACACCUUUUCCUAGUUGGAAUAAAAGUAAAGGAUGGUACAUCGCCCGCUUUCCUUUCUUUAGACUAUUUCCGGUUAUAAUAGCAAUCGUUAUUGCUUGGAUUGUAUGCGGAAUUGUCACGGCUGCUGGAGGUUUCCCGGAUAAUCCUGCAAAACCUGGUUACCUGGCUCGUACGGAUGCAAGGACUAUAGUGUUAAAAGAAGCCAAAUGGUUUAGAUUUCCGUAUCCAGGUCAAUGGGGUCUUCCUACCGUUAGUGCUGCUGGUGUGUUCGGCAUGGUUGCUGGUGUUCUARCAUCUAUCAUUGAAUCUGUUGGUGAUUAUUAYGCAUGUGCAAGGCUAUCGGGUGCGCCUCCCCCUCCAAAACAUGCCAUUAACCGGGGUAUUGGUGUGGAGGGUAUUGGUUGCUUUAUCACUGGUAUUUGGGGUUCUGGUAAUGGAACAACAUCUUAUAGUCAGAAUGUUGCCGCUAUUAACAUUACUAAGGUUGGAAGUCUUCGCGUCUUGCAAUUCRGUGGACUGGUAAUGAUUGUCGCUGGAGUACUGGGUAAAGUAGGAGCAUUGUUUACAACCAUCCCUGACCCAAUAGUGGGUGGAGUCUUCAUCGCCUUAUUUGGUAUUAUCACAGCCGUUGGUAUUUCAAACCUUCAGUUCGUGGAUCURAACUCAUCAAGAAAUAUUUUUGUUAUUGGCGUGUCUUUGUUCAUGGGAUUGGCAUUGCCGAGCUACAUGAAUACUCACAAAGAUGUUAUUGACACAGGUGUUCGUGAAAUUGACCAGAUAAUCAUGGUGCUGUGUAAGACGGGAAUGGCUGUUGGUGGUUUCCUGGCCUUCACUCUGGACAACAUUAUUCCAGGAACACCCGAGGAACGUGGYUUGAACAUCUGGCGUAAGCUAACAGACACUAAAGCAGAUGAUGCUGACACAGAAAUAAAGUACGCAUCGUUCCGUAUCUACGACCYGCCAUUUGGUUUAAAUCGUCUCAGUUCGUUUAAAUUCGCCAAGUAUGUACCAUGUCUACCUUACUACCCAGAAAACGGACUAAAAUCAGUUGAAGAAUCCGUGAAAAUGACGCCCAAUCAAGAAGAACAAGACCCGACGGCUGAUUGAUAGAAAUUGUUGGACAGUUUGAGAUAUGAAAUGUCAGUGUUCUGAUAAAGCCAAGAUUUUAUACUUUUGCCUAUAUUUUGUUUUUAGACAGACAGUCAAAACAGUCAAAUAUGAACUUGAACUUGUUACUCUAAUAUUAUGCCUACAUAAAAUAUUCGAUUCUGAUUGGCUAAAAGAACUGCCAAUCAUUUCUUAAUUCGUGAAUUAAUUAAUAGUACGCGAAUCUCUUGCUUUGCACUCGUGGUAUUAAUAUCCCUUUAUCAAAUACGCACGGUAUUUUUCAUUAAUUUUUCUUGAACGGUGGUAUUUCCUAUGCAAAACUCAUUGACUCGUUUUUUAAAAAAGUAGUACAUUUGAUUUUGAAGCAAAAUUAAUUUGCAACAUUGAAUUAUUGCCUUURAUAAAAAUAAUAAUUAUGGUUAUUAUGGUUAUAGAUAAAACAGGUUCGUCUUGUUCUGUUAGCCAAUAAAACGAGCGUGGAGAGCAAAC